GUGGCACAAACUCCACUCCAAGGCUGGGAAGAAGGAGAAGGAACGUGGUGAGAUCCUGGUGUGCAUCCAGUUUACACGCAACAACAUCACAGCCAGCAUGUUCGACCUGUCCAUGAAGGACAAGCCCCGGUCACCCUUUGGCAAGCUGAAGGACAAGGUGAAAGGCAAGAAGAAAUACGACUUGGAGUCAGCCUCUGCCAUCAUCCCCAGCAGCAUGGGUGGCCUUGACGUGGAGGAUGACUACGACAUUGGGGGCAAGAAAUCCAAAGUGAAGGGCUUCUUCUUGAAGAACAAGCUCCGCAAGUCAUCCUUGACUCAAUCCAACACCUCCCUGGGAUCCGACAGCACCAUCUCCUCUGCCAGCCUGGGCCUGGCCUCAAAUGUUCCUGAGGUAACCAGAUCCCCCAGCAGACACAGCAGUGUGUCCAUGGAGCGCUCUGUGAAAGACUUGUUGCCAUCUCCAAAGCUGACCCACAAGAGAGCGUUCAGUGACGAUGUCUCCCAGGUGAGCCCAGUCCUGGAGCCCAAAGCAAUCAAAGAUGAUCCCGUGUCCCGAUCUUCCCUGUGCAUCAACGGGAGCCACGUUUACAGCGACGAGCCUGCACCAAAGAGCCCCGUGUGUGUCCCACAGAGCUCCAGCCUUCCCAGGCGGCAGGAGGAGGGCUUUGGCUUUGCUCCCCUCCAUCCUGAGCCCCAGGAGGUGCCUUGGGGGGUCAGCAGCUUUGAGAGGACGCAGCAGAGAGACGAGCCCAGGUUCAUCCCGUCUCCUCCCAGCUUAGCCUUGCAGGAGGAGCUCAGGGUCUCCACGAAAGCUGUCACCCUCAGCAACCAUCUGGGCAGAGCCAGGAUGGAAGAGAACAGUCGCCUGGAGAACAAACCAACUCAAGCUGCAGCUCCCAUGGUCUUCUCCACAGACACAGCGAAGGACAAGCAAGCUGAGGACACCAAGAAGGAAGACAAGAAAGCAAAGGGUGGCCUCUUCCACCACGGGGGCAAUAAGAAUGACACAGGGAGCAAAGGGCAAGGGGAGAAAGUGGGAGCUUCCCAUGGCUCAUCCAUCCACACAGGGGGAGAUGAGAGGAGUAAGAGCAGCAGCUGGUUUGGUUCAAAGGAGUCUCCUCAGAAACCCAGACAUAAAGACCCAGAGAGGGAGUCUCCAGCCCAAAGCGUUGGUGUCCCCGUUCCAGAAACAACUCCCCCAUCCCAAGGAGACCUUCCUCCACUGGACAAGACACCCGCGGUCCCUCCUCCCCUCUCGGAGUGGGACGAGACCUUCGAUGCCUUUGCGACCAGCAGGCUCAAACCUGAGCUGAAGAAGGAGAACUUCUUUGCCUCGGUGGCAGCAGAGGGCAUGGCUUUCAUCGACGAGCCGGGUGCCGCCAGCCCGACAGAAAGAUCAGUGGAGCCACCUCAGGAGAAGGGGACAAAGGUGUUUGAAGAGGCUGAUGCUCAGAUCAGCACCGAAAUACCUGCGGCUCUGCGGGCUUGGACCAACUUCUCUGGGUUAGAUGUUGGGGCAAACCUG